GUCACACAUAGUCUGUACAGUGUGGUUGUCGUCGUCGUUGUCGUUGCCGCCACCGCCGUUGCUGUGCGCUCUCGUUCAGCGUUCACACAUCGAUCGUCGUCGUUGUCGUAGUCAUUGUGAAUCGAAUAUGUAGCGGUAUUGUCGACAAAACAGCUUAAACUCGCUCAUUCAGUGAUAUUCUGCGGAAGAGUAAAAACGUCGUUCUUUUUAUUUCUCUCUUGCGGUUAAUAACAACGAUAACUUUAACAACAACAACAACCAAUAACAAAAUAAACGAUAUUGUUAUUUCGAUGGUGCUAUUGUAACGCAAUUUUCAGAUAGUCAUGGGAAAUAAUUUGUGUAGAGAACGAAUUGCACGAGCUGAUAAUAGUAAAAGUCCAAUCGAUCGAAUAAUCGGAAGAUGUGCACAGAUUUGUCCGGCAAAUGAAGUGAAGUCAAAUUACUGGCAAAAGCACGUCUUGGAAACAGGUCCGCCGACAAGAUCACAGCCGCAAUCAUUAAACGACGGUUGGCGUAAAGUCACGCUGACUGUGCCAAAUGGUAAAAUGUCCGAUGAUUCAAAUUUGGGUGAAACACCUGUAGCACCGCCGCGCCGUAAGCGCUCAUCGGUAAUUGAUCGUCAACCGUGCGGCUUUAAGGAGCUAUUCGGAAAUAAUGUAUCACGACGCUCAUCGUGUGACAGCAUUUUAAAAGAUGACCAUCCAUUGAGCGAACGCGAACAAGAAAUGUUGCAGCAAAAACGUAAAAGCAAAUCAAUAUCGGAUUUUAAUUUAAAUGAAAUCAAACCAACCGAUAGUUUAACAAUAUCAACGAUACGAAUACCAGUUACACGAACACUUUCAUUAAUGGAAAGAUCGAUGGUACAACAAACAACGAUUCCAACACCACGUCCAACGCUUCAACGGAAAAUUUCACGCGUUGGCAAUAGAAAAUCGGACAAAUUUUUCGGUGAAAAUCUGUCCGAUUGUCUGUCCGAUGAUCCAAUAACACCCGAACCCGAACCAACAAGCAUUUCAUUUACAUACCACACCAUAAGCACGUUAAUUACACCAAUUUCACAUGAUAAAACAAUUGAAAGCAAAGAUAAACUCGAUGAAUUUAUUGAUUCAAAUGUAUCGAACAACGAAACAAAGUCACAACAAGAUAAAACGGAUGCAAGCGAUAUUACAAUUACAAGCCCGAAACCAUUUAUAAUUGGCGAUCAUAUUGAAUCGAAGCAAAUUAUUGGCGAUAAUAAGAAAAGUAGUCUUGAUAAAAAAGCCGAAUUUUUAAUGGCAAUGUUGGAGGGCAAUAAUUCAUAUAAACCAAUGAACAAUGAUGAACCAAAAUCGCCGCCCAGACGAUCGUAUUUGAAAAAGAGAAAUAGCCAAUUUGAACCAGUCAACAAUAAUAAUCAAGAAAGUGUCAUGGAAACAAAAACGAUCACCGACAAUAAUGCAAAUAAAAUUCAACCGACGUCGAAUGUCGACGAUAACGAAGAGUAUUACAACGGAAUGACACCAGUUGAUGAACCUUUAAUCGUACCACGAAAACGGCCAACUAAACAUAUUUGCGAUGAUGAUGAUCAUCAUAUUCACAAACACAUCGAACAUAAUCAUGGUGCAGCCAAGGAAAAUAACACAAACGCAAUAAUAGCACCAAUGAAAGAUGAAGAUAUUGAAAAGUAUAUUAUAAUGCAAGUUACAAAUUCACCUGAAAAACCGAAACGUGAUUUGAGUGUGUAUGAAAAAUCAAACAAAGCGAUUACAGCCAAUUUAACUACGUCCAACACACCUGUCGAAGCACCAGCGACCAAGGCGAUCAUCGAAAAUAAUGAUGCGAAGAUUCCCAAAGCAAUUCCAAGAGUACGGCAUUUGUCACAAGAAAAUUUAAUGCCCAAAAAAAUGGUGUCGUCGAAAAGCAACGAUACACUUGAUUUGAUGCGCAUCAAGUCCAUGCAAAACAACAAUAAUAAUAAUAACAAUCCCAAUUUUAAUGAUGAACGAUUGGAAUCGAUUUUAAAACGAUACACAAGUCAACAGUCAUUUUUCACGAAGGAACUUCUAAGUCAAAUCGCCGAUCGUGUAUAUGGAUUUCAAGAUCCAUUCGAUAUGAACGAAUCAGGCGAUGAUGGUUCACUUAAUUGUACGCCCAAUUCAAAAUUAACAACGCGAAAAAUAUCUGCACAUCGUAAAGAGUCGACUGUUUCACGUCCAAUUUUAGAAAAUGAAUGUGAAGUGAAAUCCAUCGAAACAGCGCCACCCAAAAUUGUUGAAAUGGAACACAAAUCUGUCAAAGCAAUUUCAAACGGGAAUGUUUUAAAUGGCGAAACAACGACUAAAGAAAAUACAAAUAAUGCCACAAAUGAAGAUCAUCCAAUACUUAAAAAAAUCGAUGAAAAAAUUAAACGGGACACCGAAGAUUUCCUAAGUAUUGAACGAAAGAGUUCAGAGGAAUGUAAUGGAACAGAGACAGAAGUGAAUGGAAAUGAAAAUAUGAGUGAAACUCUAGUGGCAUCCGCACAAGACUCGAUGAAUAAAAUUCCAACGCAUUCUGAUGGAAACAAUGCUGUGAGUGACGUGUUAGACGAUAUUUAUAAAAAUAAUAAUAAAAUAUUGAACGAAUUUCAGAAAAAUUUAAACGAUAUCACAUUAAUAGAUCCCAAUAAAAAUUGUGAUAAAUCGGAAAAUGCCGACAACAGCGAUGAUGAGAACACGGACAGUGAUAUAACGGUAAAAGAAGUUCCUGCCAAUGAAUCGAUUGAUUUAAAAGCGGAAAAUAAAAUGCUAUCACAAAUGAAUGGUGCUGGCGAAAAACGCAGUAGCAUUGUUGAGGUUGAUGCUUGGUUUCUGAAGCAUAAUAAUGAUUUAUUAAAUCUUCCAAGACGUGGAUCGGAAACGUAUUCCGGUGGUUAUGAUACACGAAAGGUGUAUCCAUUUGGAAAAUCUGAUCCGGGUGCUGGUACCGAAUUUUUUGAAAGUAAACCAAUAUCAAAAAGUGCUGAAGAUAUUUUAAACGAUAAUGUUAGCAAAGUCGAACAAAAUGGCAAUUUAAAUGAACAUCCAUCCACAACCGACCAUUCAAUCCUAUUGAAGUAUUUAAAAUAAAUAUACAGUUAAUUAAUUAAAAUCCAUUACUCAAUAGCUAAAUCUAUAUCUAUCUAUUAUUCAUCUGUAGUUUUUAGUAGCAAUAACAUUAAAAAACAUAUUUUAUGCGUACAAGUGCUCAGUUCUUAGAAAUGGAUGCAUUUUUAACUAUGACUAUUAUACCAUACUAACAAAUAAAUGUGAAAAUCUAAAUGAA